AUAAAAUCAUAGGUUAAUUUAUGUCAUGUUUUAAUUUGUAGUUUCUGUUCGCAUCAUCACCAUCACCAUCAUCAUCAUCAUCAUGAGAAUUUUCAUGGCGUACAACAGAAAAAAAAUUUGGUAAUAUUCUUUGUUUUUGCCAUUUUCUGGAAUUAUACCCAAACACGGAGCUGGGUAAAUAUUCUAUAUUCUGAUAAUUGUUCGACCACAUGGAACAUAUGUAUAAACACAACACAUGCAGAUUUGUCCCAAUUUUCUAUACUGGAAAACGAUUACUUAAAGAAAUGAUUUCGAUCGUCGUGCACAGUAAUUUUAACGUGAAUUGUAAAUGUAUCCAUAUAUGUUUGUUGUAUUUUGAAAAUUUGUAAACUAAUUAAUUUAAAUGCGAAGAAACUCAGGGAAGGACGACCAAACAUCAUAACGAAUCGAAUCGGAAUCAGAACUCAUGUCGGAGUCUUUUCUGAAAUCAUUUGGUGCUACGGUUUCGUCUCUUACAGUUGCGAUAAACCAAACUCUAGACACAGAAUUGAAUGGGGGCAAAAGUCUUUUCAGGAAGAUCUAAUUGAGUUCUUGGAGCCCAUGUGAGAGAAUCGCAUUCGAUCAUCUCGGCAAUUUGAUCAAAUCGUCCUGCAAUCAGUCGUCUCGGCCAGUGAACGUCUCCGAGUACCCCCCAGAUCGCUGAAAACCCAUAAUCGCUCAGGGAAGAUUGUGUUGUUUCGAUUGAUUCUACGGCUUGAAAAAGCGGAUGGGCGAGCAUUCAUCCGUGGAUCUUAUAAGCGAUCUGCCUCAGAGCGUGAUCGAGAGCAUCCUUGCUCGGCUUCCCAUCAGAGACGCGAUAAGGACGAGUGCCUUAUCCAGCAAAUGGAGGUAUAAGUGGUCUACCCUUACUCACCUUGUAUUUGAUGAGAAAUGCAUCACUCCUGCCAAUGAGCGUGGCCUCUUGGAGAACAACCUCGUCAAAUUCAUAACAGGGGCCCUUCUUCUUCACCGAGGACCCAUCCACAAGUUCCAGCUCUCCGCUCAUUUCCUGCAAUGCCGCCAAGACAUUGACCAGUGGCUGCUCUUUCUUUCUAGGAAUGAUGUCAAGGAGCUUGUUCUUGAGUUAGGGGAAGGUGAGUGGUUUAGGGUUCCUUCCUGUCUCUGUUGUGGGAAACUAACCCGUUUGGAGUUGUGCCAUUGCGAGCUCGACCCACCUCAGAGCUUCAGAGGUUUUUCUUGUUUGAGGAGUCUUAGCCUCCAUCAAGUUCUUGUCCCCCCUGAAGUGAUCGAAAGUCUUAUCUCGGGCUGUCCUCUUCUCGAGUUCUUGUCAUUGUCGUACUUUGACAGUUUAGUUCUAAGUAUAUCAGCUCCCAAUCUGAAGUACUUGUAUCUAGAUGGUGAAUUCAAGGACAUUUUCCUUGAGAACACCCCUAAGCUUGUAUCGAUAUCGGUUUCAAUGUAUAUGAAUGAGGAUUCUGCUGAGCAUUUUGAACAAAGUUCAGCCUCCAAUCUUGUUAAGUUCCUUGGGGGUGUGACCCUUCUCGAGAAGCUCGUCAGCUAUAUUUACUUCACCAAGUACUUGAGCAUAGGCGAUGACCCUGGAAGGCUUCCAGUUACUUACAUGUAUCUGAAGACAAUAGAACUUUACCAAGUUAGCUUUGAAGAUGCAUGUGAAGUACUCGUUGUUCUUCGUCUAAUCACUCACUCUCCUAAUCUACGAGAGUUGAAAAUCUCGGGUUCACCAAACCAGCUCCUUCCUCCCGAAGAAGAUGACGCGGAACUGUUCUUGAAAGAGUGUUCGGACUACAAACUCCCGAGGCUUAGAAACGUGAAGAUGACCGACAUUUCUGGCAUCAGAAACGAGCUCGAGUUUGUCUGGUUCCUGCUCGAUAACUCUCUGGAACUCGAGACUGUCCUCAUCGCUCCGUGUCUGUCGGAUUCAGACGCCAGAGUAGAUAUGCUCAUCGAUCUGCUCAAGUUCCAGCGUUCAUCUCCCCGAGCUAAGAUCCUUUUCCUUCAGGACUGAUAGAUUCCCUGUUCUUGGAAAAAUAAUGUGAAACCGACAUUGUAGAAGAAAAAUGGAAUACUUUAUGACAAAGCCAUUGAAUUUUCAA